AUGGCGUUCUACCUUGAGGUAACGAAGCUACGCCGAUGGCCUUACAACAAGCUCACCAAGGCUGAUCAACAUGUUGUUGCUCGGUUUUUUGAUUCUGAGCCGUUUUUUGCCCAUGGUUGGGAUAUUUAUCAUUAUGAGACAAGUUCCAACAAUUUCUAUUUGAUACAUUUCAACCAGAUAUUGGAAUUCUUUGCUCAAAUAACCGCCGAAACGGGCCUUACUGCUUUCAAAAACGUCUCACCGAGCAAUGUUGCCUUUCGCAUCGACCCUGACAGCGGAGGCGAGCCUUACUUUGCGGGGACAAUUGGAAGCAAAGAAGACUUUGACCGGCUUAAGGGAUUGACUCUUUUUGAUAACGGCGGUUUCGGGAGUGGGGCAGGCUCCCAGGAUAAAAUAGACAAAAAGCUUAGGCAGAGGGAAAAGAGCAGAAAAAACUUUGAUGGAUGGAGAGCGCAAGUCAAAUCCGCCAUUAGCUAUCUUGGAUUUGACGAAGAUGCUGUUGAAGAUAAUAUCAAACCAGUGUUUGUGAGUGUUGAUGUCGAAUCUCAUGAAUACAACCACAAUGCCAUCACGGAGGUUGGUAUUUCGAUUCUUGAUACUGCUCGACUCCCGCCCAGAGAUACUCAGUACACUAUCAAUACCAACGAUGACAAAAACCACCCAAAUUACCUACCACCAAAAAACAACAUCCCUACUAUUCCUAGCUCUAGGGCUGAGGAGAUUCUAGGGCUUGUUGAAUCUCACCACUUCCGGAUAAGCGAGAACCGACAUCUCCGUAAUGGUAAUUUUGUCAACGACAAUGCAGACAACUUCAAUUUCGGGACUUCUGAAUAUAUGCCCCUUAAAGAGGCUCCUGCCGUGAUUGCGAAUUGUUUUCGUCAUAAAGAUGAGCACGAAAAAAGGAGGAGGAUUGUUCUUGUUGGGCAUGACACCAAGACAGAUAUUGACUACCUGAGAAAGCUUGGAUAUAAGGUUACAAAUAUCGCUGAUUUGGAAAUCAUGGAUACGGUUUCUAUGUGGAAAGCUGUUAAGUGGGAAAAUCAGGGUAGAGGUUUGAGUAGUCUCCUGAUGGAGUUGGGACUGGAGGCAUGGAAUUUACAUAACGCCGGCAAUGAUGCGGCGUAUACCCUCCAGGCUGUCAUAAAAAUAGCUGAAAAGGGCCUUACAGACAUUCAGCCGGAAGAGCCCGAUUCCCAAACAACUUCUACCCACAAAACUCGUAUCAUCGUUCGGGCUGAGGACAUCCAGAUAGGGGUCGAGGAUAACGACGAGGAGGCAAGCACACGUCCUAUAGGCUGGAAAGUCGCUAAGGAAGGAAAGGGGAAAGCCGCACUGAAACCAGCUCCACCUUCGGUCAAGAUCCCAGCUUACCAUAAUAAUAGUGAGAGCGAGGCAAGCCCAUUGAGUGUAGAUGGCGACGGGUGGUGA